AUGGGUGGCAAGUUCUGUGCCUGGUGGUGGUGGUGUGGUGUGUUGUGGACGUGCUCAUUAGUGGUCGGAUGGCUUCAGGCAGAAACGAUACACUUCACCAACUCGCCGAAGCUAAUCAUGGCGUCGAAGAACUUUACCACGUACGAAAUCGAAGUUCCCGGCUCGAAACCGAUCACGAUCAUCGAAGCAACCGAUCCGUAUGAUCGUGGAUCGAGCAAUACGCACCGGUUGGAUACAUUUCCAAAGGAAGUACAACUACCCGGAGGUCCAACGACCAGUUUCCGAACCAGUACCGGGAUUAGUGUUAGUCGUCCCACACAGGAUGGGGAGGAAUCCUCUAGUUCCUCGGUGGAACAUUCGGCCGGUUCACGUAAAACUCUUUACUCGCCCGAGCUUCUAAACAAAUUUCUCAAAGAGUACUCGGAGAAGCUGCGCAACGCUGAUUCCGCCACGAGAAAGCGCCUCAACGAGAUCACGAUGAUCAACAGCAACAUUAACCGAAACCAGAACGAGCUGGUGCCGGGUGGGGCGGAUUCGACGUCGAUGUCGGCAGACGAGAAUCAGUACAGAAACAAGCAUCAUCCACACCUGGAUGCUAUUCAGGCCGAGAGUCAAAGCAACACCGACACCAACGAUGAGCCAAAAACGGAGGAUGAGUUUGUGUUCAACGACACACACGAGCGGCAUGUGUCGGCUACAAACAGCAACAAGCGCUGGUACCAGGAACCACCAGGUCUGGCAGGAGGAAGCUAUCAAGCACAAGCAUCUCAUCCACAAAGCGGCCACAAAAACCACCCCUGGAACAUUAAGGACGGUUGGGUGACGCUCGAAGCCGUACCGUGGUCGGAAAGUAAGGUAUCAAAGUGGCACGCCACCGGAUCAGUGUCGGAGUUGAACAAAAACUCACCCGGGAAGGUUACGACGAUGCAGCUAGAUAAGUACUGGAACACGGACAGUGAGGAAACUCCCAAAUACAAACCCGUUGCGACGUCCGGUUCGAUCGGUGCAUCGAGCUACUACCAUGGGGAGGCAGACGAUGACUACGGGUAUGGGUCACCGGUGAACCGGUUACCCUCCAGCUCGAUAGUUACUCCCACCGAAUCGUUCUACAAUCGAAGACAUCCCACCGCAACGCUUUAUAGCGAACGUCCGGAUGCGGAUAGGAAUAGACCGCCGUCUGCUUCAUCUUCUUCGCAACCGCAACACCUUGACAGUUGGUACGAUCAGCAGCAGCAGCAGCAGCUUCAUGCGAGCAAUCCGUACGAUUCGAUGAAAGCUUACCACGAACAUCAGGGAUCAGCCUAUCCUACGCCGAGCACCCCCAAUCGCGACAUCAUAACCGACGGUCGUCCGGCAAACUUUCCCAAAUUUUCACAAGAUCGUCCCGGGCAGCAACAGCAACAGGGUUACGGUGCGGACAACACUCCCCAGAGUCAACGGGUGCGCCCAGUGUCCUAUCCGGAUCGUGGAAAUGGAGAGUGGGUGCUAAUCUCCACCACCAAGGGCUAUCAGUACCCGAAGCGACGUCAUGGACAGCGAGCGAUCACGUUCUCUCCCGCUACAUCCACAAGUCAUCAGACGGUAAAGUUGACGGUACUUCCCAUGAAGAACGCGAUCGAUAUGACCACCUCGCACAACGGUCUGAUUGAGGUGUCUUCAUCCACGCAGACGGUUGAGGAUGCGGUUAAGCAGCAGAAGAGUAAGCGCAAGGGCCAGACACAUCCCGGCACAACACCGACGAUCAGUCUCGUGGGUCACAAGAAGAAAAAGCAUUCGUCCGGGGGUUCGUCAGCUUCGUCGCAAACCUUCUCACUGAUGCGGCGCGAUGCGACACAGGACAGUUCGGCCGUACUAGCUGCGGUUAGUGCCGGGAUGGUACCAGCUACCAUGGCCAUCCUAGCGCCGAUGGUGCUCGGUCGAAAGAAAAAGUAG